AUGCAUAUGCACACUGCUUUGGAAGUCUUCGUGUUGGCUCUCGCCGCAGGAAGAUGCCACGGAGCACCGGGCUCACACAUCGCUAAACGUGAUGUCCUUGGUACAGCUACGGUGAAUCUUGCCGUCCCUCAAGGAACCCCAUCCCACUAUGCCUCGGGCUUUAUUUACGGGAUUCCAGACACUCCCAAUCAGAUCCCGGACCACUUCUACAAAGACAUGGGCUUCAGGUACACUCGGGCUGGAGGGAGUCAGCUCCCGGCUCCAUCGAGGGGAUGGGUCUAUGGCAAGAAUGAGUUUCAGAACCGCUUCAACUCUGCCCUGUCCAACUACAAGACUGCUCGUAAAUACGGCGCGCGUUUCCAGCUCCUUGUAGCUGAUCUCUGGGGAGCCGAUGGCACCGCCCAAAUCGCCAUGCCAGGCGAUAACGGCGAUUGGACCUACUUCGACCAGUUCCUCACCACCCUGUUCGCUAGCAUGACCAAGCACAAUAUGAUCAACGGUCUUGACUUUGAACCCUGGAACGAGCCAGAUCUCGGUGGCGUCUUUUGGCAGCGCGAUCAGGCUCAAUACCUACAAAUGUGGGCUCACGCCUACCCCCGAAUUCGUGCUGCCCUGCCCAACACACCCAUCAUCGGACCAUGCAGCUCCUCGCAGCCUUCGACAUCGAACAGCUGGUAUGCGCAGUAUUACCCGUUUGUGCUCUCUAACAACUCGGUCCCCGAUAUUUACUGCUGGCACGAAGAGACCGGUGGUGAUAACGUAGCCAGCGACAUUCAGAACAACGCGGCGGCUUUGAGCCAAUAUGGGUUGCCAGCUCGCCCCGUUAUUAUCAACGAGUAUGGCGUACCCAACGAGCAAAACCCCGGAUCGUCUGCAUGGUAUAUCUCACGCUUGGAGAGGUACAACACCACCGGGCUCCGGGGAAACUGGGCCUCAGGGUAUUCUCUUCACGACUACUUUGGCAAUCUGCUCGGAAAGCCAGGUGCUACAGAAGACUGCACUAGUUCCGCUUGCAACACCACAGCAGGGUACUGGGGCAAUGGCGAAUACAAUGUUUACAAAUAUUACAACCUCAACAUGACCGGUCAGCGAGUUCAGACGAUCGGCUCGCCAGACAAUCUCUUCGACAUCUACGCCACGCGCAAGGGCAAAAAGUCCGUCAAGCUGCUUUGCGGGUCUCGGUUGACGAGCGGAACAUGGGAUAUCCUUGUUACUGGGUUGGAUGCCAUUGGCCUGCCGAGUUCGGGCACCAUCACGAUUCAAGCCUAUCAGUUCAACUAUGUGGAUGGUCAAUUUGGCAAUGUGGCAGCCCCGGUCAACCAGGGCACGUAUCCUCAUACGUACAGUGGGAACCAGUUAGUCUUUUACGUCAGCCCUGACACAACCACCGGGUAUGCUUUUGAAUUCGUGCUGUGA